AUGAAGACUGCAGAAGAACUCAUGCCCGGUGGCAGAUGGCUCUCGGUACCCGGAACUAACUUUGAGAGCGCCGCUUAUGCACUGGCUGCUGGCAUGACUACCCUAAUGUCCGUUCAGCGGUCUUUGGACUGGUCAGAUCUCACGACCGAGAGACAGAUGUACGAUGCCGUCAAACCGAUGUGCAAUACUCAGACGCUUGCUGAGCUGAAGAGCAAUGGGAUCAAAUUCGACUCACAACGUCCUAUGGACAUGACUUCGCUCUCCUUUGUCAUCCAGUCUUGGAAUGCUAGGGUGGUGUCCCAGAUCAGAGUUCACAUGUCUUGCGAUGGUCAAAACAUUCCGGUGCCCUCCAAAGGUCAUGAUGGUUGCAAGUCAGUCUACAUUCGGUGCAUUGCCAACAGGUGGGAAGCUUAUGGCUACUACCAAAAUUCUGCAACGACUCCAGGACCUGUAAAAGCAGCCAACACCAUCUCCAUCAUCACCCAGGUCGAAAUCAAGCCUGUCGCAGUCUCUGAGUCACCAAGAGUCGCCAAUCCCUUAGGAAAAGCCUCAAACACCCUGCCAAAAGAUGCCAAUGAUGUUGCUGUGAUGGUCAAAGAACUUCGCGAAAAAUCUCUCAGCAUCCUUCCAGCCAUCACCAAACUGCACCGUCAGAUCGAACUGUUCGACGCUGCGCUAAAGAAAGACCUACAGCCAGUAAUAGACAUUACUUACUAUGAGCUUCGUACAAAUACCUGCGAUGCGAUUGAAUUCUUGGAUACCAUCAUCUCCGACGACGUUUCUCAGGCCUCAAAGAUGCUGAUUGAGAAUUUCCGUAUGGAACGGAUCAAGUCUGGCCGCCGCAACACUACAUUCAAGCUUGUCGUUGAGCCUGUCACUCCUGCAAAAUCUUGGGGACAGCUUGCGGCGGCUGCUCAUCGUCCUCUGCCCGACACACACGACCCUAAAUCUCGCCCGGCCGCAGACUCGUGGGAGAACAAGCCUAUGGAGUCAGCGGUUCGUAACCUCCGCGAUAUCUCAACAUAUCUCACUGUACCCAUCGAGAGGCUAUGCUGCUGGACCGAGGUGCUUGAUGUAUCCCGCAAUGAGACCGUACGGCCAGCUAUAAAUCGUCUCUUCUCUACAUACAUCAUGAUAGGUCGUAUAGAAAUCGAGGCGACGAGGAGUAUUGAAGACAGUGCCACCGAGCAAGAGAAGGAGAGAGUUCUUACCAUGAUGGAAGGUUUCACUAAGCCUAACAGGGGCGAGCGCGUCAACCAAAAGAAGAACGAAGCUGCCGAACAGAAAGGAGACAAAAGAUGCUGGUCAGAAAGUCGGCGAAGUGGCCAAGCAGAAAGAAGACAAGGACGCAGAGCAGAGAAAGCUCAAGGAGGCGGAGGAAGCUGCUGCUGCAUAUGCUUCACAAGACCGGCACGACUCUUGCAGUGA